AACGGGGAGACCUACCUGAGCUACACGAGCCACGCGAACGGUGUGAGUCUCAGUAAACCCGUCGGACCCCUCCCCAUGUACCCCGCCGCGGAGGACAACUACGGCUACGACGCGUGUGCCAUCCUCUGCCUGCCCAGCGUGCCCACCAUCCUGGUGAUCGCCACGGAGACCGGCACCCUGUAUCACUGUGUGGUGCUGGACUCGGAGGAGGAGGAGGACGCGGCGGCGGUGGAGACGUGGAUCCGAGGCCCCGACGCAGUGCCGGCCCUCUACGUGUUUGAGUGCGUGGAGCUGGAGCUGACCCUCAAAGUGGCCGCGGGAGAGGACGAGGAGCCCCAGGAGUUUGAUUUCACCUGCCCGAUCCGGCUCCACAGAGACCCGCUGUGCCAGCAGCGCUACCACUGCACCCACGAAGCCGGAGUCCACAGCGUGGGGCUGAUCUGGGUCCACAAGCUGCAGAAGUUCCUCCAGUCGGACGAGGAGGACAAGGACGGUCUCCAGGAGCUGGCUGCGGAGAAGCGGUGCAUUGUGGAGCACAUUCUCUGCACCAGACCGCUCCUGGCCAACCAGUCCGCUCCAGUCCGGGGCUUCCUCAUCGUGUCGGACCUUGCUUUGGGCGCCACCAUGAUCUGCAUCACCAGCGCCUACGAGUGCAUCCUGUUGCCCCUGUUGAGCUCCAUUCGCCCGCCCUCCCCUCCUCUGCUUUGUUCCCAUCCAGGUCCUGGUUCUGGUUCCGGCAGCUCCCCUCUCCGCGGGCUCGCCGACGACUCCUUCGAGCAGCACAUCCGCAACAUCCUGGCGCGCAACUCCACCAAUCCCAUACUGAAGGCGGGCAACAAGGACGCGUCGCCGCCGCCUCCGGAGUGUCUGCAGCUGCUCAGCAGAGCCACGCAGGUCUUCAGGGAGGAGUACAUCCUCAAGCAGGACAUGGCCCGGGAGGAGAUGCAGAGACGGGUCAAGCUGCUGACGGGUCAGAAGAACAAGCAGCUGGAGGAGAUGAGUCUGUGCCGGGAGGAGCGGAGGAGUCUGAGAGAGGCGGCGGAGAGGUUGGCCGAUAAGUACGAAGACGCAAAGUACCGCCAGGAAACCAUCAUGAACCGGGUCAAGAAGGUUCUGGGCAGCCUGCAGAGCCGACUGCCCGUGCUGUCCAACAGCGAGAAGGACAUGAAGAAAGAGCUGCAGGCCGUCAGCGAUCAACUCAAACACCUGGAGAACUGCAUCAAACAGGUGAACAUGAAGAUGGAGUACCAGAAGAAACAGGUGGACAAAGACGCGCCCGCGGCCCGGACCACGGUCGCGCUCAACGCCCACCAGAAGAAGGUGGUUCAGGAUGUCCUCCGAGAACAGGGACAGCAGAUCGGUGACAUGAUGAAACAGAUCAAAGACAUCAAAAAUCACUUCAGCUUCUGAGAGAAAUCCGUAGAAAUGAGAAAAUGUGUGUCGCAAACAAUUCAAAUGUUCUGUUUUUGAAACCAAAUCUGCCUUUUUUUUUUUGUGACAUUUUGAUUAGAAAGUGGGAGAAACUUAAUGUGUGUGUGUGUGUGUGGGAGUGGAUUUGAAUUAAAAAGAUAUUUUAUAUACACUGAUGUAACUUUUUUUUUUUGCCCUCUUGUCUUGGAUAACGUCUAGCAUAUUUUUUUUACAGGAGUUGUUUCUAAAUGUUCAGUCGGAGCAGGAUUUAUGUGUAGGCAGGUAAAAUAUAGAAAAUGAGAAAUGUUUGGAUCAUAUAUUUUCAACAUGGUUUGCUCACUGUUCUGGAUUAAUAAUAAAAUGUAAAGCUCUCUGUAA